AUGGUGCAACAAACUGUUUUUGAUCGACUUAGGGAACAAGGUAUUGUUCUUCAGCAAUUCUCAGGUCCCUCAUCUAGCUUAACAGAUGAGGAAUGGGCACAGAAUCAACUCUAUGAUAUUAUUGUUAACUCAUCUGGAGAGCAAAUAGCUGCAGCCAUUCUUAAAACUCACGACAAACAUGAGAACGAGGAUGUAGAAUCGAAAGAAAAAAAGAAGAAAAACAAAAAAAUGGGAGAAGAGGGAAAAGAGGAAAUAAAUAGGGAAAUGGAGAUGGAUAAGCACGAUGAAGCUCGACGCGAUCCUGGGCGUCCUUUGUUAUACCGUGGACAAUCAGAGAAAUCACUAGAUGGCCAACGUGGAGUUGCAUCCCUUUUCCGACAAGUGAACUCAUUAGGAGAAAGAGGAAGAGGAGUAGGAGGAAAGAAAACUGCCGAGUCAAUCCCAUCAACCAACACUCGUCAUAUUACUGGGGGUGGUGCGAUGAAUGAAAAGACGUCAGCAACACUGUCCAAGUACACACCAGGAGAAGGAAAGGAAUAUACAAACAACAAGAAUAAUAAUCCAAUGUCUGGAACAGCAUUAAGCGAUUAUACACAUACUUCACAAUUUUUGGAAGGAGAUGCAUUAACAGAUAAUUACGUAUACUCAGAUGAGGGUGGUAACUUUGGUACUUGGAAAAGGUCUGGGAACGAAGAUCUUGGGGAUGAUAAUGAAAGUAUGUCUCCAAGUGGUGGAAGAGGAGGAGGAAAAAGAUUUGGAUUUGUGGGUGAAGUGGGAUUAGAUGGAAGAUGGAGACAAAUGCAUAUGAACGUGCUCAAGAGCACAAACCCUUAUGGUAAUACUGCUUUUGUAAACCCCUUUGAUCACCAGUCGUUGGGAGUGUAUCCACAAUACAGUCAAAGUCCUCCUAUUAGCCCCAAGAGAUUUAAAGGAAAUAUUUUGGAGUAUCUGAAAGCCAUCAGACACCGUGAAAAAGCAGAGGGUGUUGAAAAUAUGGCUCCAAUAGUCUACCACUAUGAUUUUAAAGGAGCACUUGAAGAGGCUAGGAAUGAAGUGCGGAAUAAGAUCCGUUGGGCAGCUUCACGCCUACGAGGAAAUUCUUUUGAUAGAUUUUUUAACUAUAAUAUCCUACCAUACGCAAAAACCGCAAAGUCUUUGCAAAGUGGACAACCAAUGGCACCAUGGAUGGCUUCAGUUAUUCGACAUUUGCGAUCGGAGGAAGAAAGGAGAAAUAGAAGAGCUACACGUCUUUUGUUUCAGAGAGUGGCAACGAAUUUACGCACAAAACGUAUUUUGAAUAGUCAACUCUGCAAGGGAUCUGCUAUGGCUUCCUAUGUUACUCUCUUGUGGAAAAAGUGGACAGAGAGAUUGUACAAAAAACGCGAGAUGAUAAAAAGAGAAGGGGCAGCUGAUAUUCACCGCAUGUUGGACAUCAUGGUAAGUAACAUGAAAAGCACAUCGCGACAGCAACAGAGACUGGGAGAACAACUGCGACUGGAGGAAGAGAGACGGCAAAAGAAUUUUAAAGAGUUGCGGGACCCCUGUGCGGACCCGAGUAGUGCACACUUUGAUGUAGCACACCUUCCGAAAAAACACAUGUAA